AUGUCAUCAACAUUCGAUAGAACACCAAACAACAUGUCAACGUCAUUACGACGAACAGGUUCAGUCACUCGGAGUAGAUGCACAGUAACACCUUCCUCAACCUCGACGAAACGGAGCUCAGCUUCCUUCGCCACAUCUACAAGUAUGGACCUCGGUUCGACUUCGGCCUCGGUAGAGAGCGGUCUGAGGGACGAGACAGCAGGAUUGAGGAAGAUCAUAGAUGGAUUAAACAGGACCAACGCCUCUCUUCGCACUCGAAUCUCAGAGUUGGAAAAGCUUAUAGAGCAUAAUACUGGACCGGAAGUCGAGAGGUUAUCCAAGGAAUUAUCAACCCUGGAAGAUCUUUUUGCGGGAAGUCAGAGAGACAACGAAGCUCAAUAUGCUGAGAGUGAGAGACAGAAGUUGUAUAUCAAAGAGAUGAAGAACCUACUUAAUUCAAACCUGGGAUCUGAUUGGCAACACUCCCAUAACCUUUAUCCUCCAGCUCCAACCACUACCAUAGUAACGCCUUCUACUCCCUUACCUCCUCCUAAACAGUCAAAUGUACACAUCCUCCGUCAUUCCGUAUCGUUCUCAUCCAAACGACCAACAAGUAAACUCCAUCGUCGGGCCAGUUCAGUCAUGGACCUAGGUCACGUAAAUCUUCAAGCUGUCAAAGAAGACGAAGUGGGGAUGGAUGAUACUCCAACUGGAGCUUUGAGGAAACUGAGCGGAUCAACCUCUUCAACGAGAUUGGAAUCACUCAACAAUCGGAAGAAAGAAGAAAUGGUUGCACAGUAUGAGGAUGAUUCACAACCCAAAUUACUCACCACCAAGCAGGAUGCGCAAACCGUACCCUCCUCCACUUGCGCUCAGAAGCAACCGUCAAAUCCAGACUCGAACUUGAAUUCCAGCUCGGCUAUACUCGUACCGACGGCUCUUUCCGGUGUAGACAUCAAUCAACUGAAUCGCGUACUCCAACUCCUGUCAUCUCUUACUCCAGCCACUUUAUCAGAACUAUCUCGUUCGAAGGAGGAGAGCGAAAUAGCCGAAAGGUCCAGGCCGUAUGACGAAAAGAUUGAGAAGGAGAGGAAGGAACAUAUAGGUACGAUGAGAAAGAUGUUAGAAAACCAACAGCAACUCUUGAAGGAACGAGAAUCCAGAUUAUCAGAGAUCAUAAGAUCUGCUCAAGAGAAAGAACGACAGUAUUCUUCUUUAGCGAUAUAA